GGGCAGAAGAGGUUGGAAAAGGUGGGGCAUGCUUACACUGUAACCGAGACAGCCAUCAGCACUCCGCUGUGUCCCUCCCGUGCCAAAGGUGAUGAUUGAUCAUUCAAUUUCCUUCUCUUUCCCAGACAACAUCCCACUCUGCCAAUAAAAGGCGAGACGCGUGCUUGAAUAAGUUACACUGCCUAACAACGCCUCUUCUCACUCCACCAUUCUGAGUGUUGAGCUUGGCCAUGUUGUCAUUCGGCAGCCUCUCCGGUCCUGACAAGCUAGGUGCUGUCAGGAGGCUUCUGGAUAAGCUGACUGAAGAUCUGAAGUCUGCGACUCUUUCGCUUCAAGAGCGUGACGCUGCCCUCGAGGAGCUGAAAGUGUACGGCCGCGAUCCCAGCUUUGCAGACCCUAUUUUCACCAAGGAUGGGAUUGAGACCCUCACCAAGCAUGCCUUCGAGAGCACCUCAGACAGCACGUCCCUCAAUGCGCUCAGGGUCCUUUGCAAUUCCCUGUUUCUCAAGUCCGAAACAAGGCAGAUCUUUGUCGAUCUAGGAUAUGAGCCCAAGGCAUGCGAAAGACUCAAGAACGAUAGCCGGGAUUACGAGUUCCUCAUCUCCAGAUUGAUCCUCCUCACUACCUACGGCACAACGAUCAACCUCCCAGAUCUAAUCGAGAAACACGGGCUAGCGGCCGCCAUCGCCCAGAACUUGUCAAGGCACGCCGCCCGGGUCUCUGCACAGUCAGUCGCUGCUACCACAACAGACCCGAUGGAGGAGAUGGCCCUUGCAGAAACCCUCAAACUCCUCUUCAAUGUCACCAACUUCGCCAAAGACCACGUUAGCUUUUUUGACCUGGCUCUGAAGCACAUUGCCACAAUCCUCUGCAACCAUGCGCUCCUCCAAACAACCAAAACCCCGCUCGACCCGCCUUUCGGCCUCCUGAUUAACGCCCUCCUGAAUCUCGACCUCACCACGCCCACCGCUCAGUCCGCCCUUUACCCCGCAGCUGAACCGGCCCGCAUCGCCGGCCGUCUCAUCCAGCUUCUCGACCUAUCAAUGAAGGCCUACACCGACAGCGAGCUUGACCAAGCCGUCAGCCCACUGAUGUGUGUCCUCUCCGCGGUCUAUAAACACGCACCCGUCGCCAGUCCCGGCAAGGGUAGCGGUGACGGCGACGGCGACGCGCGCGGCUUCAUCCGAUCCAAACUCCUCCCCACCGAAGAAGAUCGUAAGAGCGUCCUCGGCAAAGCCGACACCCUGCCCUCGCGGCUGCUGCGCAACUGGUCGAACCCGCUAGCCCCGCAGUUCCGCAGCGCGGUGGCCCACCUGUACUUCGACAUGUCCGACAAGAACGCGGCGCAAUUCAUCGAGAACGUCGGGUACGGGUAUGCGUCCGGGUUCUUGUUUGAGAAUCACAUUCCGGUCCCAGAGGAGGCAAUGGGGCAGGAUGGGAAGGCUUCUUCGUCGUCAGGCGGUGGCAGCGGUGGGGAUAGGGGCCCGAAGAGGCCAGUAAACCCGAUCACGGGCCAGUUUUUGGAUGAGGAAAGGGUUGUCGAUCUGCCGGAGAUGACCGCGGAGGAGAAGGAGCGGGAGGCGGAGAGGCUAUUCGUGUUGUUCGAGCGGCUGAAGGAGACCGGGGUGAUGUCGGUGCAGAAUCCUGUGGAGAAAGCCGUGCAGGAGGGCAGGUUUGAGGAGUUGCCAGAUGAUGAUGACCUCGCAGAGGACCUGGAUUAGUGAGAUGGCAAAACAUACGUGGAUCGGGUUACGAUGCGGACUGUUGCUUGAUGCUGGGCAUUAUUGCGAUGAGGAAAAUGGAGCUAGAUGAUGUUCCCUACACGCAAGUUGUGCCAACACAGCGAGGGAAGCAGACAGCCUUUACUCUAUGUUGACAUGGAGGAGUUCAUGCUGUCGCUGAGCUGGGAGCAGCAUACUGGUAAGGCCUGCAUCGUAACCGAGCCUUCAGGCAAACUGUCAGGUUACUAGCCUUUACCACGGCCUGC